AUGAGUAAUCAAUUAGGAGUAGGAUUUGGAGCCUAUAAAUUUUAGACAAUAAUUAGCAAUGAGAUGAGGAUGACAAAGGAUUCAGUUCAUCGUACGAGAAUUUAAACAGAAUCACGAAAAUCUAUAUAAGAAAAGUGUAAAUACUAAUUCCAAAAUGCAAAGAAAAAAAUUAUUCAAAAACUUUAAGACCCUAAUGAAAGAGAACGGUUUCAUACUUUAAUUCAAUUUGAAAAAGGUUCUGAUGACAGUGUAUCAGAUCCAGACAAUUAAACACUUUAAUUACUUGAAUAUAAGAAGAAGAAAGAAAAAGAAUAUAUACUUUAAGUUUCAGAUUCAAGUAGCUCAAAUAGUUUUGAGUCUUCUAAUAGUGUAAAUCAAUCUCAUCAUAAGGAAAUAAAUGAACCAAAUGCAUAUGAUGAAGAAAAUCAUUUGGCAGGAUAGAAUCUUAAAACUUUAACAACUCCUACUAUUUUAAAAUCACCUUAAAUAUCAUAAGUAUUUUUACUUAUUUUUCAUUCAUUUUUAGUCUAGAGCAUAAAUUGCUAAAUAGAAAGUCAUGGCUAUGAAAAUUACUAAAUACCCAAUUGUUCGAAAAGACAUUGAUUUUUUAAGAAGCUUAUGUCAAAAUUAAAACUUCGUUAAUAAUGAUAAAGCUAUUUUAGAAGAAUAUAAAUUAGAUAAAGAAAUUUGUGUUGAUAUGGAUUGUCAAGACAUUAUUACUUUUAUGAGACUUUAACAUGAAGUUGAGGAAAUGAGAAGAAAAUAAAUUGAUUUUAAUACUUAAAAAGAAAGACAUUAUGAAAUCACUUAAAAUCUUCCUAAAAAAUCUAUUAAUAAUAAAUCUAAUAACAAAGUUGAAGAUAAAGAUAAUAAAUUUUGGACUGUUAUGAUGGCUAAAAGAUUUAUUAAAAAUAUGAAAUUAAAAAUUGAACAAACACCACCUAAACCAUCCAUUCAAGCUAUUAAUCUUCUUAGAAAAAGCACGAGGGGAUCAACUUUAAAAAAUUAAUUUUGA